GAACCACAGCACAACAUGUUGGAGACCGUGGUAGAGUACCCCUUCUCAGUGUUAACUUUUUAAUCCCGGUUUUGUUGCGUUAUCACACUCAAGAGGAGGAGGUGGAGGAGGUCGGAGAGAGAGAAGGGGAUAAAAGUCAGUCAUGCUAUGAGGUUAGGGUGAAAGCCGGAGCGUCUUCCUGCAAAAGAAGCCCGUUGAUAUUUAAGCGCGCUGAGAGGAAGAAUAGGGGGAAAAGAAGCCCGGAGAAGAGCGAGAAAAGUGGGGUACAAGAUGCAGCUGGUCACGGUGCUGUGGGGCGCCUUAGCAACUUUGCUACUCAGCCAGAGUCCAGGUGUUCAGGGCAGUGCCGAAUGUUCGUGUGGGAGGAACCACUUCACAUGUGCGGUCAGUGCAUUCGGGGAGUGCACCUGCAUCCCGGCCCAGUGGCAGUGUGAUGGAGACAACGACUGCGGGGACCACAGUGAUGAGGAUGGAUGCAUGCUCCCCACCUGCUCGCCGCUGGACUUCCACUGCGACAACGGGAAAUGCAUCCGUCGCUCCUGGGUGUGUGACGGAGACAACGACUGUGAGGAUGACUCGGACGAACAAGACUGCCCUCCCAGGGAGUGUGAAGAGGACGAGUUUCACUGCCUGAACGGCUACUGCAUUCGCAGCCUGUGGCACUGUGACGGCGACAACGACUGCGGUGACAACAGUGAUGAACAGUGUGAUAUGCGUAAAUGCUCAGACAAGGAGUUCCGCUGCACAGAUGGGAGCUGUAUCGCUGAGCACUGGUACUGUGAUGGGGACACAGACUGUAAGGAUGGAUCGGACGAAGAAAACUGCACCUCAGAUGUGAUGACAGCCACCUGCAGCGUGGAGGAGUUCCAGUGUGCAUAUGGCCGCUGCAUCCUGGACAUCUACCACUGUGAUGGAGAUGAUGACUGCGGAGAUUGGUCGGAUGAGUCGGACUGCUCUUCCCAUCAGCCCUGCAGGUCUGUUGAAUUCAUGUGCAGCAGCGGGAUGUGCAUCAACGCUGGUUGGAGGUGUGAUGGCGAGUACGACUGUGACGACCAAUCAGAUGAGAAAAACUGCACCACAUCCAUGUGCACGGCCGACCAGUUCCGCUGUGGAACUGGACGUUGUGUCCGGUUGUCAUGGAGAUGUGAUGGUGAGGAUGACUGCUCGGAUCGCACCGAUGAAGAAGGCUGUGAGAAAACUGAGAAUCCUCCAUGUGCUCCUGAUCAGUUCCAGUGUGGGAAUGGGCGUUGUAUCGGCCAGAGGAAGGUGUGUAACGAGGUCAACGACUGCGAGGAUGGAACUGAUGAGCAGCCACACCACGACUGCCGGCCGCGCUCCAGCGAGGGCAACUGUAACCAGAAUAACGGAGGCUGCUCCCAGAAGUGUCAGAUGGUCAGAGGACUGGUCCAGUGCACCUGUCACACUGGAUACCGACUGAUGGAUGACAGCCAAACCUGCCAGGAUGUGGACGAGUGUGCUGAAGAAGGCUACUGCAGCCAGGGCUGCACCAACGCAGAGGGGGGGUUCCAGUGCUGGUGUGUUCAGGGCUAUGAACUCCGACCUGACAAGCGCAGCUGCAAAGCUCUGGGUCCAGAGCCGGUGCUGCUGUUUGCCAACCGCAUCGACAUCCGACAGGUUUUGCCACAUCGCUCUGAAUACACCCUUCUGCUCAACAACCUGGAAAAUGCCAUCGCUCUGGACUUCCAUCACAGCCGUGAGCUGGUGUUCUGGUCGGAUGUGACGCUGGAUCGCAUCAUGAAGGCCAACCUUAACGGCUCUAACGUGGAGGAGGUCGUCUCCACUGGUCUGGAGAGCCCAGGUGGACUGGCUAUAGACUGGAUCCAUGAUAAGCUUUACUGGACAGACUCUGGGACGUCCCGCAUUGAGGUGGCCAAUCUGGAUGGGACACACCGCAAAGUGUUACUGUGGCAGAAUAUGGAGAAGCCCAGAGCCAUCGCACUGCACCCGAUAGAGGGUAAGAUCUACUGGACAGACUGGGGGAACACGCCUCGCAUCGAGUACGCCAACAUGGACGGCUCCAACCGGCGGGUCAUCGCUGACACACACCUGUUCUGGCCCAACGGCCUCACCAUCGACUAUGCCAGCCGCCGCAUGUACUGGGUGGACGCCAAGCACCACGUCAUAGAGCGAGCCGACCUGGACGGACGCAACCGCAAGGCGGUCAUCAGCCAAGGCCUCCCUCAUCCAUUCGCCAUCACGGUGUUUGAGGACAGCCUCUACUGGACCGACUGGCACACCAAGAGCAUCAACAGCGCCAAUAAGUUCACCGGCAAGAACCAAGAGAUCAUCCGCAACAAGCUGCACUUUCCCAUGGACAUCCACACCCUGCACCCUCAGAGGCAGCCUGCAGGUGGAAGGAACCGAUGUGGAACCAACAAUGGCGGCUGCAGCCACCUGUGUCUCCCCAGCAAUAAAACAUACACCUGCGCAUGUCCCACCGGCUUCAAGAAGGUGGAUCAAUACAGCUGUGCCAACAGUCUUGACAAGUUCCUGCUUUUUGCCCGAAGGACGGACAUCCGACGAAUCAGCUUUGACACAGAAGACAUGUCAGAUGAUGUCAUCCCUCUGGCUGAUGUACGCAACGCUGUGGCACUGGACUGGGACGCCAAAGACGGCUACAUCUACUGGACUGAUGUCACCACCGACUCCAUUAACAGAGCGCUGUGGAAUGGCACCAGGCAGGAGGUGGUGGUGGACACCAGUCUGGAGAGCCCAGCAGGUUUGGCAAUUGACUGGGUGACCAGCAAACUCUACUGGACUGAUGCUGGUACGGAUCGUAUCGAAGUGUCUAACGCUGACGGGAGCAUGCGGACUGUCCUGAUAUGGGAGAACCUUGACCGGCCCAGAGACAUUGUCGUUGACCCAAUUGGAGGCUUCAUGUACUGGACUGACUGGGGUGCCAACCCAAAGAUCGAGCGAGCAGGAAUGGAUGCUUCCAGUCGCAUCGUCAUCAUCUCAUCCAACCUGACGUGGCCCAAUGGGCUCGCUAUCGACUAUGAGACAAAACGUCUGUACUGGGCCGACGCAGGCAUGAAAACUAUUGAGUUUGGCAACUUUGAUGGUUCAGACCGACAGGUUUUGAUUGGCAGCCAACUGCCUCACCCUUUUGGCCUGACUGUACACGAGGACAAGUUGUACUGGACAGACUGGCAGUCCAAAAGCAUCCAGAGUGCUGAUAAGCUCACUGGUUUGGGCCGACAGACGCUGGCGGAAAACUUGGAAAACCUUAUGGACAUUCACAUGUUCCAUCGGCACCGUGAGACAGUGCAUAACCCAUGUUUGGUGAAUAAUGGAGGUUGCAGUCAUCUCUGUCUCCUGGCGCCUGCUCCCAAAGCCUCUAGCUGUGCCUGUCCCACAGGGAUCAACCUGCAGACGGAUGGAAAAACAUGCACACCUGGGAUGAGCAGCUUCCUCGUCUUUGCUCGAAGGACAGACAUCAGGAUGGUUUCUCUGGAUAUUCCCUACUUCGCUGACGUGGUUUUGGCUGUCAAUAGCUCCAUGAAAAACACCAUCGCUGUUGGUGUUGACCCCAAAGAAGGAAAAGUGUAUUGGUCUGACAGUACAAUGAAGAAAAUCAGCAGAUCCAACAUUGAUGGGACAGCACAGGAAGAUGUCAUAUCUACAGGACUGAUGACAACUGAUGGAUUAGCAGUGGACGCUGUUGGCAGGAAGAUCUACUGGACAGACACUGGAACCAACCGCAUUGAAGUGGCCAACCUGGAUGGCUCCAUGAGGAAAGUUCUCGUUUGGCAAAACCUUGACAGCCCACGAGCAAUCGCCCUCUACCAUGAGAUGGGCUACAUGUACUGGACAGAUUGGGGAGAGCAUGCCAAGCUGGAGCGUUCAGCAAUGGAUGGAUCCGAACGUGUGGUCCUCAUCAGUAACAACCUGGGGUGGCCUAAUGGCCUUGCUAUCGACAUUGCUGGGUCGCAGUUACUGUGGGCUGAUGCUCACACUGAGCGCAUUGAGGCGUCAGACCUGAACGGCCAAAAUCGCCACACCCUUGUGACUCCAGUCCAGCACCCCUACGGUUUAACCCUACUGGGGUCCCAUAUCUACUGGACCGACUGGCAGAGCCGCAGCAUCCAGCGAGCUGACAAGAACACCGGGGCCAACACCAUCACUGUGCGGGCCAACCUGCCAGGCCUGAUGGACAUCCAGGCUGUGGACAGGGAGAGGCCACUGGGUUUCAAUAAAUGUGGCAGGAGGAACGGAGGUUGCACCCACCUGUGCCUGCCUCGUACCAACGACACAUCCUGCGCCUGCCCCACCGGCAUCCUGCUCAAGGGAGAUGGCAGGUCAUGUGACGACUCCCCAGAAACGUACCUUCUCUUCUCCAACCGUGUCAGUGUGCGCAGAAUCUCCCUGGACACCAAUGACCAUACUGAUGUUCACGUACCUGUACCGGAGCUGCACAAUGUCAUCUCCAUGGACUACGACAGCGUAGAGGGAAAACUUUACUACACUGAUGUCACCCUUGACGUCAUCAGGCGUGCUAAUCUAGAUGGCAGUAGCAUGGAAACGGUGAUCAGCCAGGGCCUGAAGACCACCGAUGGGUUGGCUGUGGACUGGGUGUCCAGAAACAUGUACUGGACGGACACCGGACGCAACACCAUAGAGGUGGCCCGCCUUGAUGGGACAAGCCGUAAAGUUCUGAUCAACAACAGUUUGGAUGAACCCAGAGCCAUUGCAGUGUUCCCAAGCAAAGGGUUUCUCUUCUGGACGGAUUGGGGGAAUGAUGCAAAAAUUGAGCGAUCUCACUUGGAUGGUUCGGACAGAAAGAUUUUGAUAAAAACUGACCUGGGUUGGCCCAAUGGUCUCACAUUAGACUACGACACACGAAGGAUCUUCUGGGUGGAUGCCCACUUGGACAGGAUUGAGAGUUCAGACCUGAAUGGGAAAUUUCGUCAAGUCCUCGUCAGUCCAGUGUCCCAUCCUUUUGCCCUUACACAGUUGAAGCCGGUGUCCUCCCCUCUAAUUCCUUUCUCCCGACUCUCACAGCAAGAUCGAUGGAUCUACUGGACGGACUGGCAGACUAAGUCCAUCCAGCGAGUGGACAAAUACAAUGGCCGAAACAAAGAAACCGUGCUGGCCAAUGUGGAGGGCCUCAUGGACAUUAUAGUGGUAUCUCCUCACAGACAAACAGGUACUAACCUCUGUGGGAUAAAUAACGGUGGUUGCACUCACCUCUGCUUUGCCAAGACCAACAGUUUUGUGUGUGCCUGCCCAGAUGAACUAGAUGGGCGACCCUGCUCCACAAUUUCAGGUUACGUUCCUACCGCUCCUGCCAGCAGCACUGCAGUUCCCAACAAGAUCCCCAAAGCCCCAACAGACUCUCCACACAGAGGACCCUCACUGGUCAACUGCACUGACAAGAACCUGAACACAGAAGGCUGCUUGAACACAGUGGUGACGGCUCCUCACGGAGAAGGACUUCAUAUCAGCUAUGUGAUUGGUGGAGUUCUCACCAUCCUGGCGAUUCUGAUCCUCAUCGCUGCUUUGAUUAUUUACAGACAUAAAAAGUCAAAGUUUGCAGACCCGGGAGUGAGCAAUCUGACCUACAGUAACCCCUCGUACCGAACAUCGACACAAGAAGUGAAGAUCGAAACGUCACAGAAGCCUCCAAUAUACAACCAGCUUCGAUAUAAGAAAGAGGGUGGAGUGGACGGAGACUACACCAAAGAGAAGAUCCGCAUUGUGGAGGGGGUGUGUCUCCUGUCUAACGAUGAGCUUUACUGGGACGACCUAAAACAAAUCAAGCCGUCCCGAGGCGGCCUGCACACCUGCAUGCGCACAGACACCGUGUCCCUGCAGGCCAGCAGCGCUUCGCUAGAUGACGGCGAGACAGAGCAGCUCCUCCAGGAGGAGGCGUCUGAGUGCUCCUCCAUAACCACCCUGACCCCCUCAGCCAUCACCCCGCAGCGUCACGCCCAGCACAGCCUGCCUGACACCGGCUGGGCCUCCAUACGCAAACCCUCCACCGAGAGUGAGGUGUGAGGGUGGUGCGCUGCCUCCUCUGUGCUUUAUCUCAACCAUCAAUACCUGAUACACACAUCCAGACACGCGUAUUUAGAGCUGGUAUAAAUCGGUACAAAUGCAGUAACAGUUCCAUAUGUAAACUACUAGUACAUAUGAACCCGGCUGGACACAUAAGCUCACAUAAACACAACAUCUGUCUUUGAAACUGGGCUCCGUCCUACUUGUACACACAUGCAGUUCAGUCCUCCAACAGCAGCCUGAGUGCUGCUGCCUUCAGGCUACGUGAUAAACUGAGGAGCAUGCUGGAAUAAGAAGGCAAUGGACUCCAGGGAGGACGUGAACAGACACAAGUUUAAGCUGGAGCCUUUAAAGGAUGCCGACGCUUCUGUGUACAACUUCACCUGCAUUUUUGUGAACUAUAUUUUGGGAUGAAACUAAAACAACAUAUUCCACAGAACAGUCUCUCUAAUGCCACUCGUCUUUAUGAACUCUAUUUAUGGACUUUCGUUUUUUCUUGUUGAGUGGGUUUGCUGACUUCCACAGAAUAAUGAGUGUUAAGUCAGAAGUUUGUGCAGUGGGACCCGGUUGUAUUUAUGACAGUGCCAAAGGGUUGGGGCUUCAGAGUCUCCAUGCUUCUCUCUCUUUCUCUCCAUUAACACUUGCAUAGAGAUUUAUCAUAAAUCUGGGAUUUUUGUCGUGUUAAACUUCACUGACUUGCCUUCACAAUGACAUUUGCUUCUGUUUCCUCAUUUUACUGCCUCCAAAAACAAGAAAUUAGUGUAGCGGAUGCUCUCUCAUAGUUCAUUUAUCCACUGCAAAAGUAACCUGAAAGGAGCUUGUUGUUUUUAGGCUGUGACUCAGUCAGUUCUGGUCUUUGGGCAUUGCAGCAGACGCCUUGAUGAAGUGACAGCCGAAGCGCCAAACACUUCAAUCACUCUGUUAAUUUACCUCUGAGGGUUUAAAAUGUUAAUGACAUUUUUCUAACGUAACCAUUACUGCUGUUCAGCCAUGCAGGGAGUUGUUUUCCAUGGUCUAGAAAAGGGUUUCUUGGAGUUCUUCUGUGCCAAACACAGUAAGAUUUCUGUCAUUCCGCAUAUCUAUAAUUGGGUUUUCCCCUAAAAUGAAGAAAGAAAAGAUUGUGAGGUUUUCUCAUCCAGGUAAAUAAUUAACUAUGCUAGCACUUAUUAUUGAAUGAAAAGCUCUUUGAUGUUAACAAAUUGAACAAUGAAUUAUUUCUCACUGUGGGAGUGUUUAUUAUACAUUAUUUAAGAAACCAUCCCAAUUUUCUAUAAAAAAACAGAGUUGAGGACCAAUUAGUUCCCUCUAUGAAAAAUUGUUUUAGAAGUAUUUCCCAAAUGCUGUUAAACAAAGAAUUUUUACCACAGCUUUUUUUUAACAUUCAAGACUUAUUGUGGAUUUU